AUUUUUUGUUUAUUUAUAGAUUAGUCAAAGAAAAAAUGAUGUAUGAAAAAGAAGCAAAACAACAAGAAGAAAAGAUUGAAAAAAUGAAGGCCGAAGAUGGUGAAAAUUAUGCCAUUAAAAAGCAGGCAGAGAUCCUGCAAGAGUCCCGGAUGAUGAUCCCAGAUUGCCAGCGCAGGUUGGAAGCUGCGUAUACCGAUCUUCUGCAGUUAUUAGAGAGUGAAAAAGAGUUGGAAGAAGCUGAGGAGUAUCAGGAAGCGCGUGUAGUACUGGGGUCAGUGAAGUUGGAAGCCUGAAGGUUUUUCUGUACAGGGUGUGUUUUGCAUUAAAUCUCGGGGUCCAUUCCACAAUUCAUUAUUUUCGACCACUGCUGUGUGUUCAAGUAGUAUGAGAAUGUGAUUCUUUUUAUGCAGUUGCCUGUAUUUUUCUUUGCCUAAUUUAAUGUGUCAAAUAAAUGAGUUCAUCUAAUAAAAUUGUUUCUUUCAUA